CAUUGCUAUAAAUAUCGGCCUCCAGAGUCGGUCGAUCAGUGAACCACGAGGAUUUCGUACACCGAUUAAAAGGGGAGAACUUGUUUUGUUUUGAGUAUACCACAUUGAGAGCUGAACGUCUUAUCAUAUUUUCUUAAGAAAUUAGAGUUGGUGACAAUUUCUGACUUUCAUUCUAAGUAGCUGAGCAAGGAUAAGACACAUUGGAAACAGAACGGGACCUUAAGCAAAAAACUAAACGGUAAAAAGUUGUACUCACAAUCUUAAGGAGAUCGAGUACCUCUGGAGGAGAAAACGUUAGAGAGCAGAGAAAGAAAACAGGAGGACCAACGAAGAAAAAGAAGAUCUUCGACAUAGCUGUGCUGCAUAUAAACUACAUUGCUGUCAUUUAAAGACUUUGGGCAGAAAGCCAUCCAGAAAAUGAAGAUUAAUAGUAUAUCUGCCAUUAUAAUUGAUAUAUUACUUUUCUGGGUAGGACAUAUUUCUACAUUACCUAUCUCAAAGUUGUGCUAUCUCACAGAUAUUACUUCAGGUCCAUCACGUGUAAUUACUUCUGGUGAAUGCGGACUGAAAUGUGGAUCAAAGGCCGGAUGUCUAACAUUCAUUAUUUGUGAUAUUGCUUUCUCUAAGACAUGUACAAUCUACAAACUUGCUUCCAAAGAAACAUGCGGAAAAGAAGGAGUCAAAUGCUCAUACUUCAUACAGAACACUGUGUCCUCUGAUUCUGGCGAAAUCACGAAAUCCUUAAGAUUAAGUGAACAAGAUAUGAUUGUUUCACCUGUUACCAAGACAACGACAACGAUAACAAAAACAAUAACCACAACGUCUGUAGUGACAUCAUCUUUUCCCGCCACAUCACCUAAGAUAGAGACCGAAUCAGAGACAUCUUCUCAUGCGACGUCAUCGACUGCUGAUUAUACUGAGACGACAACUGAAGUCGAUGAAUCGACUUCAGAUGAAACCACUGAAAGAACAAAAGGAACUACAAUUCUAUCUCAAACCCUGGGUUUAAAUCUUUCAACGAAGAUUCCAAGAAAUGAAAGCGCGAUAACCGAUACCAGUACUUCAACAACUAGUGAAUCAAUGACAACAGAAGUCCCUGCUACAACAAAGAUUAUGAAUUGCCCUGACCACCUUCCUAAGGAAAUUUGUCAGCCUUUAACAUAAGACCUAAUUGUGAAUUACCUCUUUAUUUCACUUCUGCCUUUCUAGGACUUUUUUAGUUGGUAAAAAAAUAUUAUUUGUUUUGAGACAAAUCUUGGAAAUAGUGUAAUGUUAGAGAUUGUAUGAAAGAUAUAUGCUGGCAAUAUACAGUUCAUGUUAGACUUCUUGUGUUUCUCCAUUUUAAAUAGUUAGGUUCUGUAUAACCAUUUCAUAUGAACUAUAAAAAUGUCAUGUUUCAAAUCGAAGUUCAUUUUUCAAACAUUCAAUCUGUUGA